AUGAAUGAUGAUGAUGGGAAGGUUUACAUAUACUCAGACUUAUUUACUGCAAACUUUAGCGAUGAUGAAAAAGAUGAUGAUUAUGAUACAUAUGAAAAAGAAAAAAAAAAAAAAAUUUCUAGUGAAGAUGAUGCAUUGAAAAAUGGUGAAAAUGAAUAUAGUAGACUUCGAGCAGAAAAUUCUACCAUUUUAAAUAAUUAUUUUAAUAAUGAAAAUAUUAAAAAUUUUAAUAAUAAUAAUCAUAUGAACAGUACACGGCAUGAUGAAGUUACAAUAUUUCCAACAAACAAAUGUUACUCGGUUAAUUUAUUUGAUGGUGAAUUAGUGGAAAACAGGCAUACGAUCAAAUUGAAGAAGGCAGGUUUUUACUGUAUCUGCCUGGAGAACUAUAACAGUAGUAAGUGGGAUGGCAUUUACUUAGGCUUGUCGAAAAUUCAAGUGGAGCUAAACUACAAAUUGCUGUUACCAAAUGACAACAACUCGGAGCAGUUUGAAGGAAGUAACAAUUAUGUGAACAAAGAAAUGAUAGAUAACUACAAGAAAGAAAUGGUACAUAGUGAUGAAGAGGAAAAUAACAUCAUAAUUAAACAAGUGCCUAGUCCCCUUUCCAGUUUAAAUGAUGAAAUAAAUGAAAUAUGUAAAUAUAACUUAGAACAAACGAAUAUAAUGGUAGACGAAACAUCCGAUAAACAGAAAAAAUGUAACAACAAAUUUAAAACGAAAAAUGCAAAUUAUUAUGGUCCAUUUAUGGCAGCGAAUAAAUAUGGUUCUUCUGUGUUUGAUGAUAAUAACAACAGCACUGAAACAUUUACGUGCACUUUUAAUAAUGAAGAUCAAAUUAGAGUUCCGUCAAAGAAGAAGAAAUAUAUUUAUUUAUUUAACAAGACGGAAAAUACAUUACUCGACAUAACUGUUCAGACUUAUAUGUCCCUCGGCAUGAGCGUCUUGUGCAAAUAUGGGCUACUCUACUGCGGGAAAUACAACCAAAAUCCUCGUGACCCCUAUGUGCCCUUUAGAAAACCGGUUUCCAUUUUGUCCCUGGACGCGGGAGGAAUAUUGUCCUUGUCCACCUUGAUAGUACUGAGCCGAAUAGAAAACGAAAUAAGGAAAGAGAUCGGAAGUAACGAUGUGAAGUUAAUUGACUGUUUUGAUAUGAUUUGUGGGACGAGUGCAGGGGGAUUGAUUAGCUUGAUGUUGCUGAGAGAAGUAGGUUUGCAAGAAAUUAUGGAACUUGUUCCAAAUAUCUUGGAAAAAGCAUUUGAAGGAAGUAGAAAUAUUAUUUCAGGAAUAUUAUUUGAAGGAUAUGAUAUAAACAAUGUGAAAGACCUUUUUAUGAAACAUAUAGGAAGUAACUUUAUGGCAUCUUAUAAAAAUAUAUAUUGUUUUGUAACAGCAACAGACGUGAAGCAUAAUCCGUAUAAAUUAUUUUUAUUAAGGAAUUAUACACAUAAAUAUAAUGCUAUAAAUGGAGAGUCAUAUGAAGGAAUUAAUAAAGUUCCAUUAUGGUUAGCUGCCUGGGCAACAGCAUCAGCACCAACAUAUUUAAAAGGACCAAGUGCACAAGAUAUAAAAAAAUUAGGUUUUAAUAUAAAACCAGAAAUACAUUUAGUUGAUGGAGCUUUGAAAGCUAGUAAUCCAUCACUUAUCGCUUUAGAAGAAUGUGCAAGAUUAAAUAAUAAAAAUUUAUCAUCAUUUAUUAAGGAAGAUUUAGAUACCUUAGUUUCUAUUGGAACAGGGAAAUCUCCAACAAAGCUGACUCAGUCAGAUUUUAGUGGAAAAUCAGCGUCAACAUUUGAAAUUUUAAUAAAUUCCACACAUUUGUUAUCUAGAGCAAAUGAUACACAUAGGGAGCUUUUGCAAUGGCUGUCUGAUAGAGAAAAUACCUAUUUUAGGUUUAAUGUGCCAAAUAUAGGUGAUAUAAAUAUAGACAGUCAAGAUGUUAGAGAUUUCGAUCUAAUUGCAAAAGCAACACGCGAUUACUUAUUUGAUGAAAAGUAUUACGAGAUAAAAAGAUUGGCGCAUAAGCUAGCCAAUAAUUACAUCCGUUCCAAGUACCUUUAA